ACCACGCGGCAUGAAGUUAUUUUGUUAAAAUAAUUUUAGCGGUAUUCUAAUCUAACCUUUCACGGUACAUAUUUAGUAUCCCAAUCCGGUAUUUACUUCGUCUGUUGAUUUAAUAACAAAAUUGAACAAAAUAUUAGCUUUCUUUACAAUGAGUUUAGAAAGUUUCUGUCAAUCUUUGCCAAAAUUGGAACUUCAUGCACAUUUGAAUGGCUCUCUUAGCACAGAUACCUUAAAACAACUGUAUAAAAUGCAAAAUCCCGAUUCAGAUGGCGGCGAGGAUAUAGUUAUGAACACCGAAAAAUUUUCAUCGUUCGGCGAGUGUUUUGCAGUAUUUGAAGUGGCACAUUCAUUAACGGUAACACCGCAAGCAGUAUUCCAUGCUACCUACAAUGUAAUUAAAGAGUUUAAUGCAGAAAAUGUAAUAUAUUUAGAACUCAGAAGCACACCUCGUGCUGUUCAUGGGAAAAUGACAAAACAUGAAUACAUAGAAUCUAUCAUAAGUGCAUUUCAGAUUUGUGAGACUGACUUUCCAGAUAUAAUAGUUAAGUUAUUAGUAUCUGUUAAUCGUAAGCAAGGAUAUAAGGCAGCAAAGGAAAAUGUUGAUUUAGCAACAGAGUUUUUUAUGAAAUAUCCACAGUAUAUUGUUGGACUUGAUCUUAGUGGAGAUCCAAAGACUACAGAUGUAUUCUUAGAAUUAUUAGAAGAAGCUAGAAGAGCAGGUUUGAAAAUAGCUGCCCAUUGUGCGGAGAUUAUGAACGAAGUAGAAACAACAGAUAUCCUUGAAUUCAAGCCUGACAGAUUGGGUCAUUGUACUUGCAUUCACCCAAAUUUACAAGGAUCAAAUAAAAUACUCGAUAUGCUGUUUAAUUCGAAAAUUCCUGUAGAAUUGUGCCUAACAUCCAAUGUUAAAUGUAAGACAGUACCUUCUUAUGGAUCUCAUCAGUUUAAAUAUUACUAUGAAGCUGGACACCCUAUUUGUCUUUCUACCGAUGACAAAGGUGUUUUUUGUACAUCCUUGUCCAAAGAGUAUGAAAUAGCUAGUUUAACAUUUGGUCUACGACAAGAAGAACUCAUAAAACUCUGCAUGUUAUCUGUACAGUAUGCUUUUGCAACGACAGAAGAAAAGAAUCUAUUACUAUCUAAGAUUAAGAAUUUUAAUCAUAAAUUUCGUGAACAAUAAAUUAAAAAUGUCAUACCUU